GGAAGCAGACGUGUGUUUAACCAGUGUUAUCCGGUGUCUAUAACAUUCUGUAAUCGUCAUAGCGCUAUGAGCAUUAGGCAAACCAUGUCCGAAAGUGCCCUUGUAUUUGUUGUCUUAAUUUGUGGGUACAGCACCCUUAUCGCUGCGGAGUCAACAUUCUUCGACACCUGCAAGCUGAUACAGACGUUGGAUUGUGACACCUUCGAGCCGCACCUGAAAUGUGGAACGAACGGGAUCACUUAUCCUAACAGGUGUGUGUUCGCCAAGGCUCAUUGUCAAGAUCCUGAUAUCCACUACCUCCACGCUGGAUCAUGUAACCAACCCCCUACCCCUGGGGGAGGCACCAUCCACCCACCAGUUAGUACAACUCAAGCUACCCACGAAAUCGUGCAAGAUGUCUACUGUAAGGCCAUCCUCGGCCUUAGUUGUGCAGCUGACGGCGAGCCGGUUUGCGCCUCCGAUGGCGUUCGCUAUCUCAGCCAGUGUUUCUUUCAGAAAGCUCACUGCAAAGACAAAUCUCUCUCCAUUGUUCCUUGUCAUUAAAAGUUUAAAACAGAAUCGUAAUUCCCCUGUGUAUGGUCCAAAAAAGUUCUUAGUAAAGGUUACUACAUUAGUUAA